AUGUUUCGUGUGCGUGCCCUUCGUUGUCUUGGUGGUGUUGUAGCUGCUUCUUUGGGUUCAUCAGGUAUCCCAGCAGCAUGCAAGGAGCGAGAAGUGAGCCCCCAACUGCAGCAGCAGCAACAGCAGCAGCAGCAGCAGCAGCAGCUGCACCAGCAGCAGCAGCAGCAGUGGCGUGUUGUUGCUGAUAGAUGGCUGCAACAACCCCCACCCAGCAUCACCCCUCUUACUGCUGCUCGCUGGCGGCUGCGUAAUCUCUUAACCUCUCUACAACUGCGUCUCCGCCUGCUAGACCUCCCCUCUUCAGCAGCAGGCCCCUCCCAGCACCACCACCACCACCAGCAGCAGCAGCAGCAGGAGCAGCAGCAGCAGGAGCAGAAACCAAACAGACGUAUGCGUGUGGUUGUAGCUGGUGGUGGCUGGGCUUCUUGUGCAUUUAUAUUAUCUUUAGACCCUCGUCAAUACGAAGUUAUAUGGAUAUCCCCCGAAGAUACUUUCUCUUACACUCCGCUGCUCCCGUGUGUAUGCGGCGGCUCUCUACCUGCUGCUGCAUGCACCACAAACCUCAGACAGUUUCUCUCUCUCGGCGGCCAGCCCCAAGCCAAAGGAGUUUUCUACAGAGCUAUAGUAGAUGCAGUUGACCUCACACAAAAAACUGUGCGUUGUCUGCCUGUUGGGGGCCCCCCAGGGGGCCCCCAACAGGGGGGGGGCCCCCAGGGGGGGGGCCCCCAGCAGGGGGCGGGGGGGCCCCAGGGGGGCCCCCCGGGGGGGGCCCCCUGGGUAGAGAAGUUUGAUUACUUAGUGCUUGGUGUGGGGUCUGAGGUUAAUAGUUUUAAUGUGAAGGGUGUUGAGGAGCAUGCACUGUAUCUGAAGACAGCAGCAGAUGCCGAGAAGAUAAAGCAGCGUAUAAGGAGUUGUUUAGAAGCAGCAGCAGCAGCAGCAGCAGCAGCAGCAGCAGCAGGAGGUAGUGAUACUGCUGCUGCUGCUGCUGCUGCUGAGAAGCAGAAAGAGCUUCUUACUUUUGUUGUUGUGGGGGCGGGGCCCUCAGGGGUUGAAGCAGCAGCAGAGAUAAGAGACUAUCUACAAACAACAGGAGCUCAGCUGUAUCCGCAGCUGCAGCAGCAGAUAAGAGACUAUCUACAAACAACAGGAGCUCAGCUGUAUCCGCAGCUGCAGCAGCAGUUUAGGGUUUUGUUGCUUGAGAUGGGUGCAGCACCGCUGCCUAUCCUGCAGCAGCAGCAGCAGCAACAGCAGCAGCAGCAGCAACAACAAAAACAGCAGCAGGUGGCGGUAAACCAACAGAUUCAUCUGAAGGUAUAUCAGCAGGUGCAGCAGCAGCAACAGCAGCAACAGCAGCAACAGCAACAGCAGCAGCAGCAGCAGCAGCAGCAGAAGAGACAAUACCUACAAGGUUUAUACUAUGGGCCUCAGGAGUUAAACCUACAGCUCUAG